CUGUUCACUACCCACAGGAUCACCAUGGGGACAACCAAGGAUACACCGAUAUGGAGGCUGAUAUGCCUGGUACUACUGAUCAGAUCAACACAAACAGUGAGCCCCACCACAAGUGUAACAAUCAUCCCGACAAUGAUCACAACGAUACCCACACUUUCAGGAGUGAAUGCUUCACACAAUGACCAGGUCUGCAGCACAUGGGGUAACUAUCACUUCAAGACCUUUGACGGGGACUUUUUCCAGCUCCCCUCCACCUGCAACCAUGUUGUGACCUCACUGUGUAAGAGCAGCUAUGAGGCUUUCAACAUCCAGAUGAGGCGGCAGGUGGUGGACAACCAGCCCACCAUUAGCAAGAUCACCAUGAAGCUGGAUGGUGUAGUGGUGGAGCUUUCCAAGGGUGGUGUUGUGGUCAAUGGGCAGACGGUGACCCUGCCGUUCAGCUUGUCUGGAGUCAGCAUCGUGAAGACUACAUCCAAUGUGAAGGUCGUAGCCAAACUGGGGCUGGUUGCUGUUUGGAACAAGGAUGACUCCCUAAUGAUUGAAAUGAACGAGAAAUACAGAAACCAGACCUGCGGACUGUGUGGUGACUUCAAUGAAGUCCAAACAUAUAGCGAGUUCAUCAUCAAUGGUGGGGAACUCUCUAGCUCAGACUAUGGAAACCUCUGGAAACUGGAUGGCCCUCUGGAAGUCUGUGAGGAGCCUACACUAACUUCUGUGGAGAGUUGUGGAGAUGAGGAAUUUUGUCAGCAGCUGUUCUCCAGUGCAGCUUUCAGUAGCUGCACUAAUUAUUUGGACAUGGACGCCUUCAUAAAGACCUGCCUUGCAGACCUGUGCCACUGUGAUAACAGCACCAAGUCCUUCUGCCUGUGCAACACCAUCUCAGAGUACUCCCGUCAGUGUGUUCAUGCAGGGGGGAAGCCCCAGCAAUGGAGGACUGAACAGUUCUGCUAUAAGACAUGUCCCUUCAACAUGGAGCACCAGGAGUGUGGAAGCCCCUGUGUUGACACCUGCUCCAACCCAGAGGCCAGCCAGUUGUGUGAAGACCACUGUACAGACGGCUGCUUCUGUCCUCUAGGUACUGUUUUUGAUGAUGUCAGCAACAGUGGCUGUAUUCCAUUGAGUGAAUGCCUCUGUGUCCACAAUGGACAAGUAUACAAAUCUGGAGAAUCUUACACCAGCAACUGUAAAGAAUGCACCUGUACUGGUGGUCAGUGGGCCUGUACAGACAAGGACUGUCCUGGGACCUGCUCUGUGGAGGGAGGAUCCCACAUCAACACCUAUGAUGGGAAAGCCUACACCUUCCAUGGGGACUGCUCUUAUAUUCUGACCAAGCAAUGCAAUGGAACUGAAUUCACCGUGCUGGGAGACAUUGUGAAGUGUGGGUUGACUGACACUCAGACGUGUAUGAGGGCUGUUACCCUAGCCCUCUCCAGCAGAUCCACCGUGAUCCAAGUCCAGUCAAGUGGAAGUGUUCUUGUAAAUCAGAUUCUUUCUCAGCUCCCACUCUAUACAGCUGAAGUGACCAUCUUCAAGCCCUCCUCAUUCUACAUUGUUAUCCAGACAACUCUUGGAGUUCAACUUCAGAUCCAGCUUUCACCAGUUAUGCAGAUCUACAUAACUGCCAUCUCAGCCUACAAAGGAACAACCUGUGGCCUUUGCGGAAACUACAAUGACGUUCAGGCAGAUGAGUUCAGAGUCAUCAGUGGAUUGGUGGAGGGCACAGCUGUAGCUUUUGCCAACACAUGGAAGACCAUGGCCAGCUGCCCUGAUGUCAAGACUAGCUUUGAAAACCCCUGCAGUUUGAGCAUCGAAAACGAGAAAUACGCCCAGCACUGGUGUUCCAUGUUAUCAGAUCCUAAAGGAGUGUUCUCCCCUUGCCAUUCUGAAAUAAGACCAGACACCUACAAAACCAACUGCAUGUAUGACAGCUGUAACUGCGAGAAGAGUGAGGACUGCAUGUGUGCUGCCGUCUCCUCUUAUGUCCACGCUUGUGCUGCCGAGGGUAUCCAGCUCAGCGGCUGGAGAGACACUAUCUGCAAUAAAUUCGCCGCCUGUCCCAGACAAACAGUUUAUACCUACAACAUGACCAGCUGUGGACGCACCUGCCGCUCACUGAGCAUGACAGACCAAUCUUGCCAGGUGAAGUUUGUUCCGGUGGACGGCUGUGGCUGUGCAGAGGGCACCUACAUGGACGAGGCUGGCCAGUGUGUUGCCCCCACCAACUGUCCCUGCUAUGACAAGGGCUCGGUGGUCCCUGCAGGAGAGACUAUCAGCAGAGACGGUGCCACCUGUACUUGCAGACAAGGGACACUGAGUUGCACUGGGGGAGCAAGACCAUCCAGUACAUUUGAAAUUAACCAAGGGGAUUCAAGCAAUUCAUUAUGCACAGUGCCAAUGGUUUUCUUCAACUGCUCAACUGCACCUCCAGGAGCUUCAGGUUCAGAGUGUCAGAAGAGCUGCAAAACUCUGGAUAUGACCUGUAUCAGCACAGAGUGCACAUCAGGUUGUAUGUGCCCCACCGGACUGGUGUCUGAUGGGAACAGAGACUGCAUCAAGGAGGAACUUUGUCCUUGUUCUCACAAUGGAGCUACUUACCAAGCUGGAGAGACUCUUAAGGUUGACUGCAAUACAUGUAUUUGCAAGGACAGACAAUGGCAGUGUACCACACAUCUUUGUGAUGGAGUUUGUGCAAUCUACGGAGAGGGUCACUAUAUCACAUUUGAUGAGAAAAGGUUCAACUUUAAUGGAAACUGUGAAUACACUCUCAUUCAGGAUUACUGUGGCAAUACUAAUGGCAGUGGCAGCUUCAGAGUCCUCACUGAGAACGUUCCUUGUGGAACUAAAGGCACCACCUGCUCCAAGACCAUCAAGCUCUUCCUGGGGACCAGUGAGCUCAUAUUGGCAGAUGGGACCGCUCAAGUUGUCAGAAGUACUCCAGAAGAGCAGUUUCCUAAACAGAUCAGCCUUCUGGGGAAUUAUCUGGUCAUUGAAGUCAAAAGUGGUCUAAUCCUCAUGUGGGACAAGAAGACCAGUCUCUUUAUCAAGCUUAGCCCACAAUACCAGGGGCAAGUGUGUGGUCUGUGUGGAAACUAUGAUGGCAACGCAAACAAUGACUUCACCACUAGAGCCCAGGCGACAGUUGUUGAUCCAGUGGAAUUUGGAAACAGCUGGAAAGUUUCAUCAAGCUGCCCAAGUGUAUCCGCUGUAGUGCACCCAUGUGCCUCCAACCCGUACAGAGCGUCUUGGGCCCAGAAACAGUGCAGCAUCAUUAACAGUGAUGUCUUCGCAGCCUGCCAGAACCAGGUGGACCCCUCUCCUUACUACGAUGCUUGUGUGAGAGACUCAUGUGCUUGUGACAGUGGUGGAGACUGUGAGUGUUUCUGUACCGCAGUGGCAGCUUAUGCAAAGGCCUGCAAUGAAGCUGGAGCAUGCGUAGCCUGGAGAACCCCUCGAAUUUGCCCACUGUUCUGUGAUUACUACAACCCUACUGGAGAAUGUGAGUGGCACUACAAGGCAUGUGGAGCUCAGUGUAUGAAGACCUGCAGAAACCCUUCCGGAGACUGUUCUAGUUUAAUUCCAGCAUUGGAAGGCUGCUAUCCUAACUGUCCUGCGGCACAACCUUACUUCAAUGAGGAGACAAUGAAGUGUGUGGAGAGGGAACAAUGUGGCUGUUAUGACUAUGAAGGAAACCAGUACACCAAUGGACAGAAUCUUCCGGCACAAAACUGUGAAACAUGCACCUGCACAAUGACUGGAGUGAGUUGUAGUUAUGAUGUAAAUGAUUGUACAUGCUUGUAUAAUGGUAAACAACACCCGUAUGGAGAAACCCUCUACAACACAACAGAUGGGAUUGGUAACUGCAUUGUUGCUGUUUGUGCCGCGAACGGAACCAUUACCAGGAACAUUUCCCCUUGUCAAGUGACCACAACUCCAGUACCAACCACAACUUCCCCUCUGACCACAACAACUGUCCAUGCAACAACCACACUAAAACCCACAACUGUCUUCCACUUCACAACACCUGAACCAACUUCAACUUGGUCUUCUACAACAAUGGAGAUGACACCUAAAAUCACCACAAGUUCAUCAUUAAAUCCUUCAACUACAUCAUCAGGAUCAAGUACAGUCACAAUUCCCAAACCGACAACUGUAACUACAACAACUAUGGUACCCACAACAAGUGGAGAAGUAGCAACAAAGGAAGAAACCACAACUGAGACAAUCACAUCUACAAAGCCACCUAAAUUAGUCACCACUGGUAUGGCAACAACGACAUCACAUGUCACCACAAAACCAUCAGUAACUUCGAUUGCGCCAAUUACAAAAACACUACCUCACCUUACAGGUACAUUGUGGCCUUUAACAUCAACAACACAGCCCUCAACAACAACAGAAUCAGUCUUCACAGGUGGAAAAUUGACAACAGAGCCACACUCCCAAAUUACCAAUACAAUUACAUCCGGGAUAUUCACACACACCACAGCAUCAUCAUCUACAACUGAAAAUGUUGAAGCCUCUACCUCAACAUCACAGUCCUCAACUUCAAUCACAACGACAAAGUCAACUACAACAACAGCAGAGGUAACUACACAGCCGCCUAAAAUUGCCACCGCUGGCCCAACAACCACUUCCACCACAGUAAUUGUAGAAACGUCUACCUCAACAUCACAGUCCACAAUAACAGGUGAAGAAACAACAGGGCCAGUUGGCAUUACAUCCAGUCCAAUGACUUCAACCACAACAACAAAUGCACCCACCACAAAUGCAGAGGAAAUUACACCUACCACAGGUGGAACUACAACAGUUCAAGUAACCACAACGGAGUCUAUUCCAUCUACAUCCACAAAGCCACCUAAAGAAUUGACCACUGGCCCAACAACCACUUCCACCACUGUAAUUGUUGAAACCUCUACCUCAACACCACAGCCCACAUCAACAGGUGAAGGAACACCAGGGACAGUUGGCAUUACUUCCAAUCCCACGACUUCAACAACAACAACAAAUGCACCCACCACAAAUGUAGAGGAAAUUACACCUACCACAGGUGGAACUACAACAGUUGAAGAAACCACAACGGAGUCUAUUCCAUCUACAUCCACAAAACCACCUAAAGAAUUCACCACUGGCCCAACAACCACUUCCACCACUGUAAUUGUUGAAACCUCUACCUCAACACCACAGCCCACAUCAACAGGUGAAGAAACAACAGGGCCAGUUGGCAUUACUUCCAAUCCCACGACUUCAACAACAACAACUGCAGAGGUAAUUACACCUACCACAGGUGGAACUACAAAAGUUGAAGAAACCACAACGGAGACUAUUCCAUCUACAUCCACAAAGCCACCUAAAGAAUUCACCACUGGCCCAACAACCACUUCCACCACUGUAAUUGUUGAAACCUCUACCUCAACACCACAGCCCACAUCAACAGGUGAAGGAACACCAGGGACAGUUGGCAUUACUUCCAAUCCCACGACUUCAACAACAACAACAAAUGCACCCACCACAAAUGUAGAGGAAAUUACACCUACCACAGGUGGAACUACAACAGUUGAAGAAACCACAACGGAGUCUAUUCCAUCUACAUCCACAACGCCACCUAAAGAAUUCACCACUGGCCCAACAACCACUUCCACCACUGUAAUUGUUGAAACCUCUACCUCAACACCACAGCCCACAUCAACAGGUGAAGGAACACCAGGGACAGUUGGCAUUACUUCCAAUCCCACGACUUCAACAACAACAACAAAUGCACCCACCACAAAUGUAGAGGAAAUUACACCUACCACAGGUGGAACUACAACAGUUGAAGUAACCACAACGGAGUCUAUUCCAUCUACAUCCACAAAGCCACCUAAAGAAUUCACCACUGGCCCAACAACCACUUCCACCACUGUAAUUGUUGAAACCUCUACCUCAACACCACAGCCCACAUCAACAGGUGAAGGAACACCAGGGACAGUUGGCAUUACUUCCAAUCCCACGACUUCAACAACAACAACAAAUGCACCCACCACAAAUGUAGAGGAAAUUACACCUACCACAGGUGGAACUACAACAGUUGAAGAAACCACAACGGAGUCUAUUCCAUCUACAUCCACAAAACCACCUAAAGAAUUCACCACUGGCCCAACAACCACUUCCACCACUGUAAUUGUUGAAACCUCUACCUCAACACCACAGCCCACAUCAACAGGUGAAGGAACACCAGGGACAGUUGGCAUUACUUCCAAUCCCACGACUUCAACAACAACAACAAAUGCACCCACCACAAAUGUAGAGGAAAUUACACCUACCACAGGUGGAACUACAACAGUUCAAGUAACCACAACGGAGUCUAUUCCAUCUACAUCCACAAAGCCACCUAAAGAAUUGACCACUGGCCCAACAACCACUUCCACCACUGUAAUUGUUGAAACCUCUACCUCAACACCACAGCCCACAUCAACAGGUGAAGGAACACCAGGGACAGUUGGCAUUACUUCCAAUCCCACGACUUCAACAACAACAACAAAUGCACCCACCACAAAUGUAGAGGAAAUUACACCUACCACAGGUGGAACUACAACAGUUGAAGAAACCACAACGGAGUCUAUUCCAUCUACAUCCACAAAACCACCUAAAGAAUUCACCACUGGCCCAACAACCACUUCCACCACUGUAAUUGUUGAAACCUCUACCUCAACACCACAGCCCACAUCAACAGGUGAAGAAACAACAGUGCCAGUUGGCAUUACUUCCAAUCCCACGACUUCAACAACAACAACAAAUGCACCCACCACAAAUGUAGAGGAAAUUACACCUACCACAGGUGGAACUACAACAGUUGAAGUAACCACAACGGAGUCUAUUCCAUCUACAUCCACAAAGCCACCUAAAGAAUUCACCACUGGCCCAACAACCACUUCCACCACUGUAAUUGUUGAAACCUCUACCUCAACACCACAGCCCACAUCAACAGGUGAAGGAACACCAGGGACAGUGGGCAUUACUUCCAAUCCCACGACUUCAACAACAACAAAUGCACCCACCACAAAUGUAGAGGAAAUUACACCUACCACAGGUGGAACUACAACAGUUGAAGUAACCACAACGGAGUCUAUUCCAUCUACAUCCACAAAGCCACCUAAAGAAUUCACCACUGGCCCAACAACCACUUCCACCACUGUAAUUGUUGAAACCUCUACCUCAACACCACAGCCCACAUCAACAGGUGAAGAAACAACAGGGCCAGUUGGCAUUACUUCCAAUCCCACGACUUCAACGACAACAACUGCAGAGGUAAUUACACCUACCACAGGUGGAACUACAACAGUUGAAGAAACCACAACGGAGUCUAUUCCAUCUACAUCCACAAAACCACCUAAAGAAUUCACCACUGGCCCAACAACCACUUCCACCACUGUAAUUGUUGAAACCUCUACCUCAACACCACAGCCCACAUCAACAGGUGAAGAAACAACAGUGCCAGUUGGCAUUACUUCCAAUCCCACGACUUCAACAACAACAACAAAUGCACCCACCACAAAUGUAGAGGAAAUUACACCUACCACAGGUGGAACUACAACAGUUGAAGUAACCACAACGGAGUCUAUUCCAUCUACAUCCACAAAGCCACCUAAAGAAUUCACCACUGGCCCAACAACCACUUCCACCACUGUAAUUGUUGAAACCUCUACCUCAACACCACAGCCCACAUCAACAGGUGAAGGAACACCAGGGACAGUUGGCAUUACUUCCAAUCCCACGACUUCAACAACAACAAAUGCACCCACCACAAAUGUAGAGGAAAUUACACCUACCACAGGUGGAACUACAACAGUUGAAGUAACCACAACGGAGUCUAUUCCAUCUACAUCCACAAAGCCACCUAAAGAAUUCACCACUGGCCCAACAACCACUUCCACCACUGUAAUUGUUGAAACCUCUACCUCAACACCACAGCCCACAUCAACAGGUGAAGAAACAACAGGGCCAGUUGGCAUUACUUCCAAUCCCACGACUUCAACAACAACAACUGCAGAGGUAAUUACACCUACCACAGGUGGAACUACAAAAGUUGAAGAAACCACAACGGAGACUAUUCCAUCUACAUCCACAAAGCCACCUAAAGAAUUCACCACUGGCCCAACAACCACUUCCACCACUGUAAUUGUUGAAACCUCUACCUCAACACCACAGCCCACAUCAACAGGUGAAGAAACAACAGUGCCAGUUGGCAUUACUUCCAAUCCCACAACUUCAACCACAACAACUGCAGAGGUAAUUACACCUACCACAGGUGGAACUACAAAAGUUGAAGAAACCACAACAGAGUCUAUUCCAUCUACAUCCACAACGCCACCUAAAGAAUUCACCACUGGCCCAACAACCACUUCCACCACUGUAAUUGUUGAAACCUCUACCUCAACACCACAGCCCACAUCAACAGGUGAAGGAACACCAGGGACAGUUGGCAUUACUUCCAAUCCCACGACUUCAACAACAACAACAAAUGCUCCCACCACAAAUGUAGAGGAAAUUACACCUACCACAGGUGGAACUACAACAGUUGAAGAAACCACAACGGAGUCUAUUCCAUCUACAUCCACAAAACCACCUAAAGAAUUCACCACUGGCCCAACAACCACUUCCACCACUGUAAUUGUUGAAACCUCUACCUCAACACCACAGCCCACAUCAACAGGUGAAGAAACAACAGGGCCAGUUGGCAUUACUUCCAAUCCCACGACUUCAACAACAACAACAAAUGCACCCACCACAAAUGUAGAGGAAAUUACACCUACCACAGGUGGAACUACAACAGUUGAAGUAACCACAACGGAGUCUAUUCCAUCUACAUCCACAAAGCCACCUAAAGAAUUCACCACCGGCCCAACAACCACUUCCACCACUGUAAUUGUUGAAACCUCUACCUCAACACCACAGCCCACAUCAACAGGUGAAGAAACAACAGGGCCAGUUGGCAUUACUUCCAAUCCCACGACUUCAACAACAACAACUGCAGAGGUAAUUACACCUACCACAGGUGGAACUACAACAUUUGAAGAAACCACAACGGAGUCUAUUCCAUCUACAUCCACAAAGCCACCUAAAGAAUUCACCACUGGCCCAACAACCACUUCCACCACUGUAAUUGUUGAAACCUCUACCUCAACACCACAGCCCACAUCAACAGGUGAAGAAAUACCAGGGACAGUUGGCAUUACUUCCAAUCCCACGACUUCAACAACAACAACAAAUGCACCCACCACAAAUGUAGAGGAAAUUACACCUACCACAGGUGGAACUACAACAGUUGAAGAAACCACAACGGAGUCUAUUCCAUCUACAUCCACAACGCCACCUAAAGUUGUCACCACUGGCCCAACUACCUCUUCUACAACUUAUAUAAUUGUAACUUCAAGUUCAACAUCACAGCCUUCAACAACAAGUACAGAAACAACAGAGCCAGUUGUCAUCACAGGCACAUUAUCAACAACAACUCCUUCAGCAUCGCCACAAGUGAUUAUUACACCGACAUCACAAGCAGUCACCACCAGCCAGUGCAUUUGCAAUGUUAAUGGGACACAGUAUCUACCAGGGAACCUGGUGUAUAAUGUGACCGAUGCUUCAGGGUGGUGCUUCACAGCUUACUGCAAAGCAACGUGCCAAGUUGAAGUGGAAUCAAAUCCAUGUCCUUCCUCUACACCACCCACUGUAUCACCCACAACAUCAGAAGAGACCACGACCACACCACCAACAACUCAAUCCUCGCCAGACUGCACUAGCGUUCAGCCACCAAAAAAGAAUGGAGAAUCUUGGCAGCUGAAUAGCUGUACCACAGCAGUUUGCCAGGACGGCAUUGUUGUCCAGCUACCAGUAAAAUGCAAGCCAGUGGAGCCACUACAGUGUGAGAAUGGUCGUCCACCUGUCAAGGUCUAUGAUUCAACUGGAUGCUGCUUUACGUAUGAAUGUGAAUGUGUAUGCAGUGGAUGGGGUGGAUCUCACUACAUGACAUUUGAUGGAGUAUAUUACAAUUUCCAGGAGAACUGCUCCUACACCUUAGUGAAAGAAAUCAACUUCAAAUACAACCUUACCAUUAUUGUUGAUAAUCACUACUGUGGAAACGCCGACAGUGGAUUCUGUCCUCAGUCCCUUAUCAUUCAUUACAAAUCCUAUGAAGUGAUUCUAACCCAGCAGAGAUCUGGUGACACAACAGAAAAUGUGGUAUAUGUCAACAGUAAACGAAUCUACCCAGCUUACAGAAUGGGUGACAUUGCUCUAACAAGUACUGGUGUGGAGGUCGUGCUGGAGAUCACUGAUCUUAAGGUUCAGGUGUCUUACAAGGGGUCAUCAUUUAGCAUCAACCUUCCUUAUUCCCUCUUCCAAAGCAGCACAGAGGGCCAGUGUGGUACCUGUGAUAAUUCCCAGAAGAAUGACUGCCAGUCACCUAAUGGUCAGAUACAGAGCUGCUCAGUCGCAGCUAGCCAGUGGCUGAUUCCAAACCAGGACUGUCCAACUCCUCCAACAGCACCACCCUCUACCACCACGGCAACCCCAAGCACAUCCCCUACCCCCUGCAAGACAGUCAUUUGUGAAAUCAUGAACAGCAAGGUCUUUGAGGAAUGCCAUAAAGCGGUUUCUCCUGAUGCCUUCAUUCAGGCCUGUAGAUCAGAUGUCUGCAACAAUGCUAUUUCUAGCUGCUCUAGUCUGGAGGCGUAUGCAUCUGAAUGUGCAAAUAAAGGGAUCUGCAUUGACUGGAGGAAGUCCACAGAUGGAGAAUGUGAGCAUACAUGCCCAGCCACUAAGGUGUACAUGCCAUGUGGUCCAGCAGUUGAACCAACAUGUAAUACAAAAUAUAAUGAAAAGUAUUUGAACAACCAAACCCAAAUGACCAAUAAGACGAAGGAGGGUUGCUUCUGUCCAUCUAAAACCGUCUUGUUCAGCACCUACUCUGAUACUUGUGUGGUCUCCUGUGGCUGCACUGGACCUGAUGGCAACCCCAAAAUGCCUGGUGAUACAUGGGAGAGUGGUUGCCAGCAGUGCACCUGUGACAUGGACUCCAUGAUUGUCCAGUGCCAGCCUAUUACCUGCCCCACUCCAGCCACACCCAUCUGCAAUGAGACUGGAUACAGACUGGUGAACAAGACAGAAGGCUGCUGCCAGAAAUAUACAUGUGAGUGCGAUGCACUGCUGUGCCCCAAAGUCAUGAUGGACUGCCAACCAGGGUGGGAGGCAAUUAUAAGCACGUCCAUCUCAAGUUGCUGUCCAGAGUAUACCUGUGUUCCUAAGGGUGUAUGUGUCUACAAUAACAUUGAGUACCAGCCUGGUGCUGAAGUUCCUGAAGGAACUUGUGAGAAUUGUAUCUGCAGCUCGACCAUGGAUCCUAGCACCAAGCUCAACAACAUUGUGUGCACAAAUAUCUCCUGCGACACUACAUGUUCACAGGGCUUCCAGUAUCAGGCCAUACCUGGUCAGUGUUGUGGGAAGUGUGUACAGACAAGCUGUGUGGUUACUAUGCCAGAUAAGACCAAACACACUAUUCAGGUGAACGAAACGUGGUCACCACCUGGUGACAAAUGUGUGAAGUACACAUGUGAGAAAACUGGUGGCCAAUAUAUACCAGGGGAGGUGAAGACUGUGUGCCCUGCUUUCAGCCCAGAGAAAUGUGUCCCAGGCACAGAAAAGACAGACGCAAAUGGAUGCUGCAAGACCUGCACAGAACGCAGCAAUGUCUGUGAGAUGAAGUACACCACCACUAGCAUUGUCAUCAGUGGCUGUGCGACCUCUGAGCCUGUGGAGAUCAAUUCCUGCUCAGGAAACUGUGGAACCUCUUCUAUGUACUCAGCAGAGGCGAACACCAUGAUGCACUACUGCUCCUGCUGCCAAGAGGCGACCACUAGCCAGAAAGAGGUGGAGCUGAUGUGCCCUGAUGGAUCAAAGGUCAAGCACUCCUACAUCCACGUUGAGUCGUGUGGAUGUCAUGUCACAGACUGUGAUGCAGGCACGACCACCGCCCCGGGGACAACGAGACCGCGCAGGAGGAGGCGCUAAACGUCUAGGGAGACAACAUGCACACUGACAUAGGAAUUAUCCUCAUGACAAGGAGUGUUAAGUCCAAAUUUGUUUUCUUGUUACGUUUUAAUUAAAUCUGUCAUGCCAGUGUAUUUCUACAAUCGGCAGCACUUAGCAUUAUGUUCUUAUACCUUCAUUGUAAAAUUCAUGUAUUUUCUAUGAUAAAUGUGGUGGAGAAUCUCUUUUCUCAUUUGUAGUAAUUAAUAAACAACAGCAGCAUCA